CUUCCAAUUUGGCCGCCGUAGCAAGAGGAGACAGAGAGAGAUCGCCUUCCCGCCGUCGAAUCCAUAAGCUUCUUUCCGAAUUCUACCUUGCCACGAUCGCUGGAAAUGCCUCCGCCGCACGAGCGUGGGCUGCAGCGCUGCAACCGGAUGCUAGCGCUCCCGGCGGUGUGCCCGUGCGAGGCCAUCUCGCCGGCCCCGCUGCUGGCGUCGCUCGUCUCCCUCGCGGCGGACGUCGCCAGCCGCGACGUGGCCGGGCUCCCCGCGCUCCGACGCGGCGCUCGGGAGGCCGUCCGACUGGCCGGCGUGCUGCUCGCGUUCCUCGAGGCGGUACGCGAUGCGGGGUCCGUGCCCGGCGAGGCCGUGCUGGGGUUCUCGGAGCUGCACGUCGCGCUGCAGAAGCUGCGGUUCCUGCUCGCCGACAGCGCCAGGAAGGGGGCGAGGCUGUGGGUGCUCAUGAACGCCGAGCUGGUCGCGUCCGAGCUGCGGGUGGUGCUGGGAUCCGUGGCCACGGCGAUGGACGUGCUGCCGGGAGACGUGGUGGGGGCGUCCGCCGAGGCAGGGGAGCUCGGGAGGAUGGUGUCCAAACAGGCGCGGCGCGCGGCGGUGCGGCCGGACGCGGAGGACGACCGCGCGGCGCAGAGCGUGCGCUCGGUGCUCGCGCGGUUCGGGAGCGGCGUCACGCCGGACGCCGAGGACGCGAGGCUGGUGCUCGAGCGCGUCGGCGUCGCCAGCUGGUCGGACUGCUCCGAGGAGGCGGCGUUCCUGGAGGCCGAGCUACUCGAGGGCUUGGAGGCCGGCGGCGAGAACGACAACGACCUCGUGCUCAUAAGCGGCCUCAUGGCGUUCCUGGUGUACUGCCGCGUCGUCCUAUUCGACCGCAUUGAUUCCAAGAAGGCCGACACGUCAUCGCCGAUGACCAGGCCGAAGGCGAGCUGUGCGGCGUGGAUCAACCUGGAGGUUCUGCAGUGCCCGAUCACGCUGGAGCUGAUGACCGACCCGGUGACCGUGGCCACAGGCCAGACGUACGAUCGCGCGUCCAUCAAAAAGUGGAUCAAGAACGGGAGCCGGACGUGCCCCGUCACCGGCGAGAGGCUCCGCAGCGCCGAGGUCGUGCCGAACGUCGCGGUUCGCGGGAUAAUCGAUCAGCUGCUCCUCAGCAAGGGCGUCUCGGUCCACGAGCCCAGCAGCAAUCACCGGUGCGCGGUCGACAAGACCGCCGCGCCGUUCGGCGCGGGCGCUGCAGGCGGUGUGCGGCUCGCCGUGGCCUUCCUCAUCGCGAGGUUGUCCAGGGGCACGCCGGAGGAGCAGAAGAAGGCGACGCUCGAGGCCCGGAAGCUCUCGAAGCGGAACGUCUUCUACCGGGCCUGCCUCGUGGAGGCCGACGCCGUGCCGUGGCUGCUCCACCUCCUGUCCUCCACGGACGCGUCCGUGCAGGACAGUGCCGUGGCCGGACUCCUGAACCUGUCGAAGCACCCGGCCGGCCGGAGGGCCCUGGUUGAGGCGGGCGGGGUGGGCCUCAUCGUCAACGCCAUGAAGGUCGCCGCGAAAGUCGAGGCGCAGCACAACGCGGCGGCCGUCCUGUUCUACCUCUCGUCGAACCCCGAGUACUGCGAUGAGAUCAGCCGCAUCCCGGAGGCCAUCCCGACGCUGGUGCAUCUCGUGCAGGAGGGCGCGUACCGCGGGCGCAAGAACGCGCUAGUGAGCCUCUAUGGGCUGCUCCAGUGCGCGAACGCGCACGGGAAGGCGGUGUCCGCCGGCGCCGUGGCCGUGCUCGCGGGCCUGCUGUCCGUCGGCGGCGACCGGGGGGACGACCUCGCUUUCGACGCCAUCGCGCUGCUCGCGAGGCUCGCGGAGCAGCCGGUCGGCGCGCGGGCCGUCCUGGCCGGCUCGGCGCUGGUCACCCGCCUCGUGGACUUCCUUGGCGAGGCGGCGCCGAGGUCGGCGAAGGGGCACUGCAUGGCGCUGCUAGCGUCGCUGGCCCGGCACGGCGGGUACAAGGUUAUCGCGCUGCUGGGCAAGCUGCCGGGCCUGAUGCCGGCGCUGUACGCGCUCAUCGCCGACGGUGGCCCGCAGGCGGGCAAGAAGGCGCGGUGGCUGGUCAACGAGAUCCACCGGCACUACGAGCAGCACCAGCCGCCGUCAGCCGCGCCCGCACCGCCGGCGGCAGCUGGUGACCGUGUCAUUCGUGUAUAGUAUGUACAUAGCACACGAACUUGGUGUCACACGUUGUGCAUUUGAUUUCUUUGUUUUCCUUUUCCCUUGAUUGGGGUUAUGAGGGAUCAAACUUUGUUCUUUCCCGGCUCGAGUUUUUGAAGAGCCGGGACGGAUUUUUACGUUUGUUUCAUCGUGAGGUAUACGAAUACGAACCAAAUACAAAUCUAUGAAUGUACAGAGAAACAGUUUGUAAGUGGUUUGUGAUACUACAGCUGCUUUUGUUUCGUAUCAUGUCUCGAUUCAGCAAGCAAGCACAAACAUUCAAGCAUGAAUGCUUUUGUGGUUCGUAGUUA